AUGUCCCCAAACUUCGGAAUCAUCGAUAUCCCCGCCCUCGCCAAGCUGACAUGGGAGCUCCACAACCAAUGCCAUUUCGUCGUGAAGGAUGCCCCAGAUGGCUUCAGAAGCCUGAUGACCGAUCUGGGCUCGCUGCAGGGUGCCCUGCGUACGCUCAGUGACGAUAUCAGUUAUGACACAGUCUUUUUCGAGAGGAUGAAUGAAGACCGCAAGUGUACACUCGAGCGAUGCCUAAAUGCCUGCUUCAAAACACUGCGGCGGCUCAAGGAUCUUCUUGUGCGCUACCGGGAGCUUGGUAUUGGCGAUGGAAAGCUGUUCUGGCAGAGAACCAAAUGGGCUACGCAGCGAACUCAGAUUGAGGAUAUCCGGUCCAAGAUCAUGAUCCACACGUGCAAUCUGAGCUUGUGCAUGAGCUCCAUCGGAAUUUCGUCUCUUGCUCGCAUUGAGCGGACUAUGAUGCAGGCCAUGGAAGAGGAUGAGCAAGCACUGCUGAAUGCCGAAAUAUUACCUGGCCGAGACACAGACUCGAUCGUUUCGCCACUCAGCUCUAGGGGAGAGUUCGUUGGUGACUACGACGAGUCAGGCGAGACUGAGAUAUACCGGCAUGUUCGCGCCCGAAUUGCGGCUCAACAUCAUGGAGCCAACCGUGCUAGACAUGUCUCGACCUCUUCUGAGUCUGCUGUCUCGGGGUCCGACGGAUCUUUAUAUGGUGGAACCAGUCCCAGCUCGCCAAUAUCCAUCAAUAUAACACGCUCCCCAGCCCUGAGCAUGAUUGGACGAACAGGGCACACCCGCGUGCGCAGCGACCAGCUUCUCCAUGAUGGCUCCAUCGAUAGUCGCACUCUGGACACGGGUGCCUGGGACAACAACUCUGAUAUCCAGGAAAUGCAAAGUGCGGGCAAGACCAGUGAAACGUCAAAUACCGACUUUGGACACAGCAAUGUCAUGGAGGCGGUAAAUAGUGCGAUGCAACAGUUGCGCCAGGUCCUAUUGCAAGAGCAGCUGUCUCGACCCAUCCGAUUUGAGCCCCAGGAUCAACUGCAUAGGCCGGAUCACGAUACGCUUAAGGCUUUUGAAUCUUCAGCCAACGAUGAGCUCCGGGUCAGAAGACUCAUCACAAGUGAUUGGCUUCGAGUGGCAACAUGGUGGCUGUUGAAGGCAUGUUCGCCAUGUCCAUUCCACAAGGCGAUGCUAACAGGCCCCUUCAGGCGCGGUUUCAGCCCCUCCACCGAUUCCCGAUCGACCAACCACCAGGCUUAUGUCGACAUUCUCAAAGCCUCGUUCAUUUUGUAUGACAUUGUUUUGAAGGACAAGAGCUCUCCAGUUCUCUUAACAGGCGAGAACCGCAAGUCCAUUGCAGAUCUGUCCGAGGGCAUCAACGAAGAGCUGUCCCAGUAUACCACCAUCGACAUCCCAGAGCCAUCAAAUCUACAAACCCAAAAUCUAGAUAUAUGGGAGCCCCUGCAACCAGAGGAAGCUGUGGAAAACGGCGUGGACCUUUCGUUUGGACCAAAGAAUUCCCGGUGGAUCGUCGUCGACCAAGAAGAUGCCGGCGACGAGGAAGAGAAGGUUCUUUACCGCACGUUUGUCAAUGCUGGGAUCGGGAGCAAGAAGUUUCGCAUGCGCACCAAGGGUGCUCCCUACAUGCUUCUGCUAGCCACCAGGGAGGGCGAAAGCGAGCCGAAGAUUGUUCUCUGCAAUCAAAGCGGCUCACUAUGCCUACAGCGAAACUUUGUGUUUGAUGACUUGCUAGCACUGAUCCAGCUGUCAAAUACGACAAUGACGGGGUUCCCAGGCACUAGAGUCUCAGAGCCUGUGCCGUUCAAGUUCGACAACAUGAGCGUCUCCAUUUCCUUCCAGUUUGAAGCAGAUCUGGGCCACUUCAUCAACAUCCCCAAGACGUAUUUCGAGGCCGUGUGGCAGCGCGAACCGAUGGACUCGAGCGAGUUCACAGAAACCGUCAUCUUCAAGAGUUCCGUGGAUACUUUCGAGCAGCUGAAAACUCCCAAAAUGAAGCCGAUGAACCCACCGGUUGUGGUCAAAUCCUGUGAGAUCCGCAUCCUAGAGCGCUCCUUUGGCGAGGCGUGGCAGUCCAUCCGCCGUCUGGUAGUCAGUCCGUCGGCGACAGAGAAAUCCCCACGAAGUCUCGAGUUCUUCAUGCCGCUCAGCCAGAUCCAGCUCAGCCGCGACGAAGUCUCGCGCCACGUGCUCCUGCAAUGGUCCGAUACCUGCCAGGAGCGCACCGACAAGACGGACGGCAACUACCACACGCUGCACUCGUAUGUGUACGACGCCAGCGCGCCGAAUCUCGGCGCCGGUCUGGUAUUCCGUACUCAGCAGGCCGCAGACGAUUUCGAACGCGCCGUGCUAGACCAGCCGGGCCUCCAACCCGCCUUCGCCUGGUCGCAGCCCACCAGCUCCGGCCGCAUCUACGACGUCGUCGACACAGGCAUCGAACAUAAACAGUGCAAGGCCGUCGUCCUCUUCCGCGUCCGCGCCCCCUGGCGCUCCUCCGACUUGUACUACCUAUACAGCGUCGCCGACUACGCAUUCCACGACUCGGCGUGCUCCGUGCGUUUUCCGCGCCUGUCCGACGCAGACUACAUCUCGUCGCACGUCGACCAGCUCUUUCCCGCAGACCGCCCCGUCACCUUCACGCACUGUGAAAAGAAAUUCGAGUCUGUUGUCAUCGACUUCGCCUCCGACCCCACCGCUCGCGCCUUCCUCAGCGCUCUCUCCCCGCUCUACGACCUGCUCUUCGCCCGCCGCGUCCCCUCGCUCUCGACGAAGACUACCGCACUCUUCGGUCCCAAGAAAUCCGGCAAGGGCCCCGCGGACCUCCAGCUCUGGCGCCGUGGCUCGUCCUUUCAGCUUGCUGCGCGCUGGGCCGAUGCCGUCCCCGAUAAAUGGCUUACUCUUACUCUGGGACCUGGUUGUGCCGAUGCUGUGGCUAAGGACAAUCCUCCGCACGUCUAUCUUCCGCGUCUUCCUUAUGCCCGGGGUAUGUCGCUCGAUCUGGUGAAUAUCAUCGCGCGCGGCCCUAAGGCGACCAGUGGUGGGAGGCGGGAGGGCGCUAUUACUAUUGCGUUUGGGUCUGCGAAAGAUCAAGAAGGGUUUCUUGCGGUUUUGCAAGGAAAGUCGUUGCCGACGUUAAUAUAG